GAGGGCUAGAGGAGAAAGACUAACCGAUGGGGGCUUGAAUUUGGGGGAGGGUUUGAAACAUUAGUUGGUGCUCAAUGGUUGCGAGUGUAGAGUGUGCAUUUGCCAGGGUGAGUGUGUGCGUGUCGUGUGUUAAGGGGAGAGCCAAGACAGGAAUACAGAACUAACCACAAUCUCCCUCACUCUCUUUUGCGCUGCCUCUCUCUUCAUCCCUUACACACACGCUCUCUCCCUCUCUCUCACAAACAGAUGCACACACUCCCUCUUCUCGGUGUUCUCUCCCUCUCACUGCCUUUCUGAAUUCAGUGGGAUUUGACUCGGUCCCUACGAUGUUUGCUGUUGAUGGAAGCUCUCUGCAGUGAGUACGCUGAGCUUCACAAGUUUCACCAUAAGAUGGACCACCAAAGACGAAACCAUACCUCAAGCAACAUUUUGUAGUUAUGCUACCCAAAAGUCCUCCGUUGAGUAAGAAAGAGAGUGAAAAGGGCUAAGGACUGCUUCGCAACAUACUGCCCUGACCUUGUGAUCCGCAACGGAGCCAUGAGCAACCCUAAAGAUGCCAGCGACACCCAUGUCACCGCCAACACUAUGGCCACAGCCACCUCAGCUCCAUCAGCCCCUUCUAGGCGGAGUGAAGAUGAUGAUGAUGAUGAAGAGCAGGACCUGAACAAGACCCUGGGGGUGCAGCUCUUCCAGCAGAUUCUCCACCCACCGGCCCGUGGACCCCCAGAGAAACACCGUGCCUACAACGAGGAAGACUUUGAGUACCACCGCCACUCCUCCCACCACAUCCACCACCCGCUGUCCAAACUACCCCCAGAAAGGAGGAAGAAGAAGAGCAAGAAGAAGGAAGCGGGAUGGAGGAGAGGAUCCGGGCCUGGCGGAGCACCCAACAUAGAGGAGGACGAGGAAGAAGAUGAGGCAGAUGAGUCCUACAGCCAGAACGAUGGAGAGGGGGGGCAGACCACCACACCCACACCUGAUACUGACACGGACACACACAACGAGGAUGUGCAGUUCUUUGUGUCUGAGGAUGACCCUGCCAGUGCCACUCCUGCCCCCACGCACAGCAAGGGUGGCAGUGCCACCCUUACCAGACGCCUCACCAUCGUACCUGAGACUGCCCUGGGUACCAACAUGCCAGAGGAUGCCACGGAUGAGCCAGUGGACUCAGUGUUGGCCCCCAACAAAGGGAGGAAUGGCCUAUCCUCUGGCCCCUCCCGGGAGUCCCACAACCCCUCCACACGGGGCUCCACGCCUCCCUCCUCCUCCGCCUCCUCUUCCUCCUCCAGGACACCGCCCCCUGGCAGCCGCGGAUACGACCUGCAGGAGCGCCGGCGCUCGGGCAACAUGACGGGCGGGCAGCAGGAGCGCCACCAGCGCCAGGCCACCGACGACAGCGAGGCCCAGAUGCUGGGGUCCGCCGACCUGGAUGGCAUCAAGAGUCACAGGUUUGAGGAUGUGCCUGCGGUGCGCCGUCACCUGGUCAGGAAGAGCAACAAGGGUCAGGUGGUGCACAUCAGCAAAGACCACAAGGAGCCUAGUGCCCACUGCUGCAAGUUGGACCGUACCCCACAUGAGCCAGUGCUUGAGUAUCGGUCCUCCUCGCAUUCGGACAGAAUGCUUCGCUUGGAGUUCGUGGGGCGUAUGGCACGGCACCAGAAGGUGUUUGUGGAGCUGAACGAGUUGGUGAUGGAUAAGAACCAGGAGUUGCAGUGGCGGGAGACGGCCCGCUGGAUCAAAUUUGAGGAGGACGUGGAGGAGGAGACGGACCGCUGGGGCAAACCCCACGUUGCCUCACUCUCCUUCCGUAGUCUUCUGGAGCUCCGCAAGACCAUCUCCCACGGUGCGGUGCUGCUGGACCUGAACCAGCACACCUUGCCUGGCAUUGCCCAUCAGGUGGUGGAGCAGAUGAUAAUCUCUGACCAGAUCAAAGUGGAGGACCGGGCCAAUGUCCUCAGAGCCCUACUACUUAAACACAGUCACCCGAGCGACGAGAAAGAGCACAGCUCUUUCACGCAGAACAUCUCUGCCGCCAGCCUGGCCUCCCUGAUGGUGAACCACCACAGCAGCAGCAACCACAUAGGCCAAGCCGAGCCCUCUGUCAUUGACCCUGUCGUAGGUGGAGGAGAGGCCGCCUGCAUCCUUCCAGACACCCGCAUUGACAUGGAGAAGAGCGAGAAAGACAAUCCUCACAAAUUGGGCAUGCACAGGUCCAAGUCCAAACAUGAGCUCAAGUUGCUGGAGAAGAUUCCGGAAAAUGCAGAGGCCACCGUCGUCCUCGUAGGCACCGUGGCCUUCCUGGAGCAGCCAUCCAUGGCUUUUGUGCGUCUGCAGGAAGCCGUGCUGCUGGAGUCUGUGCUGGAGGUGCCCGUCCCUGUACGUUUCCUCUUCCUUCUAAUGGGCCCGCCCAUCGCCAACAUCGACUACCACCAGAUCGGCCGCUCCAUCUCCACACUUAUGUCUGACAAGCACUUCCACGAGGCGGCGUACAUGGCGGACGAGCGGCAGGAUCUGCUGAACGCCAUCAACAGCUUUCUGGACUGUAGCAUUGUGCUGCCGCCGUCUGAGGUGGGCGGCGAGGAGCUGCUUCGCUCGGUGGCCCGCUUCCAGAGAGAGAUGCUCCACAAGAGAGAGGAGCAGCAGGGCAAGAAGCUCAAGGUCAAAGAGCCCAAGAGCCCAAAGGAUAAAGCUCUGCAGGCACCCUUCAAACCUGGGGAUGACCCUCUGCGCCGGUCGGGCCACCUGUUUGGGGGGCUGAUCAGUGACGCUGCACGGCGCUACCCCAAAUAUGCCAGUGACUUCCGUGAUGCACUCAACCCCCAGUGCAUGGCUGCCAUCAUCUUCAUCUACUUCGCUGCUCUGUCGCCCGCUGUCACCUUUGGAGGACUGCUGGGUGAGAAAACAGGGGGGUUGAUUGGCGUGUCGGAGCUGAUCAUCGCCACGGCGAUGCAGGGGGUCAUCUUUUCCCUCCUGGGGGCACAGCCUCUGCUGGUGGUGGGCUUCUCUGGACCCCUCCUGGUUUUUGAGGAGGCCUUCUACUCAUUCUGCAAUGCCAACCAUAUAGAGUACUUGACGGGCCGGGUGUGGAUUGGCUUCUGGCUGGUGCUCAUAGUGGUCAUAAUAGUGGCCUUUGAAGGUAGCUUCCUGGUCCGCUUCGUCACGCGCUUCACCCAGGAGAUCUUCUCCUUCCUCAUCUCCCUCAUCUUCAUCUACGAGACCUUCUCGAAACUGGGCAAGAUCUUUCAAGAGCAUCCUCUCCAACGCUGUUACCUGGUCAACGACACAUGGACAUCCUCAUCAUGCAACGACACUGUGGUUGGCGUGCCUGGCAAGGUGGUGGGGGAGCCCAACACAGCCCUCCUGACGUUGGUGCUAAUGUCCGGAACGUUCUUCAUUGCGUUUUACCUGCGCAAGUUCAAGAACAGUUCCUUUUUCCCAGGCAAGCUCCGUAGGAUGAUUGGAGACUUCGGGGUUCCCAUCGCGAUUCUCAUCAUGGUGUUGGUGGACUACAGCAUAAAAGACACCUACACCCAAAAGCUAAGCGUGCCCACAGGCUUCUCGGUGACCAGUCCUGAAAAGCGGCAGUGGCUGAUCCCCCCGCUGGGCUCGGACGGACAGUUCCCUGUCUGGAUGAUGGCCACCAGCAUCUUACCUGCCCUGCUCGUCUUCAUCCUCAUCUUCAUGGAGACACAGAUCACCACGCUGAUAGUCAGUAAGAAGGAACGGAUGCUGUUGAAGGGCUCCGGCUUCCACCUGGACCUGCUCAUCAUCGUGGCCAUAGGUGGGGUUUCGGCCCUGUUCGGUCUGCCCUGGUUGGCCGCCGCCACCGUGCGUUCUGUUACUCACGCAAACGCCCUUACCGUCAUGAGCAAGGCGGUGGCCCCCGGCGACAAGCCCCGUAUCCAUGAAGUGAAAGAGCAGAGGGUGACGGGCUUCCUCGUAGCUCUGUUUGUCGGUUUGUCCAUUGUGAUCGGAGAUCUCCUGCGUCAGAUCCCCAUCGCUGUGCUCUUUGGGAUCUUCCUCUACAUGGGCGUCAUGUCCCUCAACGGUAUCCAGCUCACCGAGCGCAUGUUGCUGCUUUUGAUGCCUCCCAAGUAUCAUCCUGACCACACUUAUGUCCGCAAGGUAAGGACCCUGCGCAUGCAUCUGUUCACGGGGAUCCAGCUGGUGUGUCUGGCGGCACUGUGGACAGUCAUGUCCACCGUGGCUUCGCUGGCCUUCCCCUUCGUCCUCAUCCUCACUGUGCCCAUCAAAUGGUUCCUAUUGCCCCGCAUUUUCACCACGCGCGAGAUGCAGUGUUUGGAUGCAGAUGACACAGAACCUAAGUUUGAUGAGAGGGAGGGACAGGAUGAGUACACAGAGAUGGUGCCAACGUGAUGGACAUUCUGCCAACCACAAUACACCCUAGCCCUACAGUAUACUCCAGGAAGUUGCUCCAAACCCACCAAAUCCUUUGUUUGUUCACCUGAUAUUUUAUAACGCACCACUGAUGGUUUGAAAUGUUUUACUCAUUUUUUUAAAUGUAAUUGUCUUGAAAGCUUUUUAGGGUCCCAACUCCCAAAUCAUAUUUUUUUGUGUCUAUUUUCACUAUAUUGCUUUUUGGAAGGUGGAUUUGUCCUGGAUGGAGUUUGAAUUGCUAUGUGUCAAAGACUAGAGCCCUAUUCCAAGUCUCCACCUUCUGCGCAAAGUGUGCAUCGGAAUUGGGCUUUUAGCAGAAACCACAUCCUCUGAGGUCAUGACCUAAGAAGAAGCACUUUAAUACGAUAGGAUCAGUACAGAUGUAGUAUACAUCUUAUCACAUUGUACUGAUGAAUAUAUACAUGUACAACAUAGUCAUAGACAAACAUUUACCAUUCAGUCUAGUUCCCACGGUUAGGCGUAUCAUUGCAGUAGUCUUUUGAAUGUUACAUAUUUAUUACUACUAUGGUACAUGUUUCAUUCAAGAGUGGGUAAAAUGUACACUACAUGGUUCUCAAUUCACAUGAUUUUACAUGGCCCUCCAGUAUGGCAAAUUCAUUUAAUUAAUGUUGUAGCUUCACUGAGAAGCACUUACUAUAAUGCACACUGACAGAAGUAAAAGCAACAAAAACCUGAUAAAUCUAAUGGUUCCCCAUCAAAAGGGCAACUAGGCCACGCUCAGUUAAUUGUUGUUUUCAAUGAGGAGGGUUUCUGUGCACAAUUCCAAUUGCCUUUAGACCAAUACAAUAUGUUUAACUUGUACUGUACCUCAAAUUGCUUAAAUACAUGAGUAGAAAAUAUUUGCAUUAUAGAGCUUUGCAUUAUAGAACCAAUUAUUUGCAGUGUGUGUUUGUGGGGCCUGUCCAACUCUCUUUGGGCAAAUAGCAUGUGACUGUGACACCAUUAUAACUUUAUGUAUAAUAUGGUUUGAAUGGUAUUUGCAUUUAUUAUGGAUCCCCAUUAGCUGCUGCCAAUGCAGCAGCUGCUCUUCCUGGGGUCCAGCAAAAUAAAGGCAGUUUAUACAAUUGUAAAAAAAAAACAUUACA